AUUGCAGUCUUGGUUUUGGCUCUGGGGGGGCAGCCACUUGCUGGGACGCAAGGCGAAGAGGGCUGGCGGAGGGGGACGUGCUAGGACGUGUAUCGCACCUUGGCACUCACUUUUACCCUCGGCUGACGGCCCCUCCUUCCUGAGCCUCGGUUUUCCCGAAAGUGGAACGGACGCAGAGAGUUUGCGCGCCCCGCCUUCGUCCCACAUUCCGAGGAGGCAGCUCUCGUAUCAUACUAGGGAAGGCUACGGCCCUGAGUGCGAUCGUCAACCUGCAGUCACCCACCCAGGGGGUGUGGGGGUUCGGAUGAGCCCACUGGGCGCCACUCGGUCGCCGCCUGGCACGGCCCCGCCCAGCACACAGAUUGUGACCGGGCCACCAGCGUCGCUGACAGACCCGGCGCAGGUGAGUGGCGGGCGCACAGGUCCUCACCCGCUGGCAUCCCCGCCCUCGUGGUCCUGGAGCCCGUUCGGGAACGGUGCCCCGGACUCUUUGCCUGCACAUGAGUCUGGGGCUCUGAGAGUCACUUUCCCCCAGCAUCAUGAACCUACGCCAGAGGUUAUAUGAAGCGAAUCACAUGGGAUAAGGUCUGGAAAGGUACCCCUGGCCCAGGGAUCAGUGUGUGCCAAUUGCUUGGAGAACCUGGUGACCUUCGAGGAUGUGGCUGUGCACUUCUCCAAGGAGGAGUGGGGGCUCCUUGAUGCAGCCCAGAGGCAGCUGCACCACAGUGUGAUGCUGGAGAACUUGGAGCUCAUGACCUCACUUGGUUGUUGGCAUGGAGUGGAAGAUGAGGAGGUACGUUCCAAGCAGAAUGCUUCUGUAGAAGUGGUGUCGCAGGUCAGAAUUCCCAGUGCACAUCCUUCCACCCGGAAGGCUGACAGUUGUGACAUGUGUGACUCAUUCUUGAAAGACAUUUUGCACCUGGAUGAACAUCAAGGAACACAUGCUGAGGAGACUCCCUACACAUGUGUAGCAUGUGGAAGAGAGUUCUGGUUUGGUGCAAAUCUUCACCAGCAUCAGAAGGAGUGCAGUGGAGAAAAGUCCUUCAGAUGGAUCAGGGACAGGGACUUGUUUGUGAAAAGCUCAAUAGUCUACCUAUCAGAGAAGCCCUUUACGUGUGGGUUAGAUGGUAAGGAUGUCUUGGGCGGCCAUGACCACCUGCAGAACCCAAACAUGGACGGCAGUGGGAAGUCACAUAGUAGCACGAAGUGCAGGGAGGCCUUACCACAUCCAUCCAGUCAUGGGCAGCUCCCAGAAGUCCAUACCUCACAGAAGCACUUCAAGUGCAAUGACUGUAGAGAAGCCUUCCACAAGAGUUGUGUUCUCCUCAGCCACUUGAGAAGUAACUCUGAAGAGGUACCAUUUAGAUGCCCAAGAGUUGAAAAUUCCUUACAGGAGAAAUCAACCCUUGUUAAUAACCAAAAGUUUCACACUGGAGAAACAUCUCAUGUAUGUAAGGAGUGUGGCAAGGCUUUUAGUCACCCAUCUAAACUGAGGAAGCACCAGAAAUUUCACACUGGAGUAAAAUAUUAUGAGUGCAGUGACUGUGGGAAAAUUUUCAGCCACAAAGUCACACUUGUUCAUCACCAGAGAAUUCACACAGGAGAAAGGCCUUAUGAAUGCAGUGACUGUGGGAAAGCCUUCAGUAACAGGUCACACCUCACUCGGCAUGAGAAAAUUCACACUGGAGAAAGACCUUUUGAGUGCAGCAAAUGUGGAAGAGCCUUCAGCCAAAGCUCCAAUUUCCUUCGGCACCAGAAAGUCCACACCCAAGUAAGACCUUAUGAGUGCAAUCAAUGUAGUAAAGCCUUCAGCCGCAGCUCUGCUCUCAUUCAGCACUGGAGAGUUCACACUGGAGAAAGGCCUUUUGAGUGCAGUGAGUGUGGGAGAGCUUUUAACAAUAAUUCCAACCUUGCUCAGCAUCAGAAGGUCCACACUGGAGAACGGCCUUUUGAAUGCAGUGAAUGUGGAAGAGACUUCAGCCAAAGCUCUCACCUCCUUCGACAUCAGAAAGUUCACACUGGAGAACGGCCUUUUGGAUGCAGUGAAUGCGGGAAAGCCUUCAGCAAUAGCUCCACCCUCAUUCAGCACCAGAAAGUACAUACCGGGCAAAGGCCUUAUGAGUGCAGUGAAUGUAGAAAAGCCUUCAGUCGCAACUCCAGUCUGAUUCAGCACUGGAGAAUUCACACUGGAGAAAGGCCUUAUGAAUGCAGCGAAUGUGGGAAAGCCUUUGCUCACAGUUCCAGUCUCACUGAGCACUGGAGAGUUCACACAAGAGAAAGGCCUUAUGAGUGUAAUGAAUGUGGGAAAUUCUUUAGCCAGAACUCCAUUCUUAUUAAACAUCAAAAAGUUCACACUGGAGAAAGGCCUUAUGAGUGCACUGAAUGUGGGAAGUUCUUUAGCCGCAAGUCCAGCCUCAUUUACCAUUGGAGAGUUCACACUGGAGAAAGGCCUUAUGAGUGCAGUGAAUGUGGGAGAGCCUUCAGAAAUAACUCUCACCUGGUUCGUCACCAGAGAGUCCACACACAAGAAAGGCCCUAUGAGUGCAGCCAAUGUGGGAAAGCCUUUCGUGAAAGAUCCACACUUGUUCGACACCAGAUCGUUCACACCCGAGAAAGGACUUAUGAGUGUGGCCACUGUGGGAAAAUCUUCAGCCGCCUCUGCAACCUUGCCCAACAUAAAAGGAGUCAUACCUGAGUGGAAAUUCAUUACCUUGUAGAAAUGGUCUUUGUGAGAAGAUCUUCAGCCACGUCAAACAUCACGCAGCAGAAUAUCCACAGAAAAAUCACCUAAUGUGUCACUAAUGGGGAAGAGUCUUCAAAAGCUACUCUGCCCUUUCUGAGCAGCCUAGGAACCAGGCAGCACUAUCUCCCCUCUGGAACAUAAACCUCUUUCUAGCUGCCUGGAUCCAAAUAUUUGCAGCAGUCACCUAUGUAUAUAUGGAGAGAAAUACCUCCCCUUUACUCCCUUCUUUCCUGAGAUGGGAUUGUCCUAGGCUUAUUGGAAUGGCUUCAUUCCCAUUGCCUUUGAGAGGCUUAGGGAAUGUAUUGACCCCUUCCGGUCAAGAGAUGAAUUAAGACACAUGACAGUCCUAAACAUUAAUGUACCUAACAGUGUUUCAAGGUACUUGAAGCAAAAACUGACAGAACUGCAAGGAGAAAUAGACAAAUCCACAAUUAUAGUUGGAGUCCACAUCCAUCCCAGAUAAUCAGGAUGGAUGUGCCAACCAACUUGACCUAGUUGACAUUUAUAGAACAUUCUGUCCAAUAAGGGCAGAAAACACAUUCUUUUCACAUGCACAUAGAACAUUUACCAAAGUGGAGCGUAUUCUGGGCCAUAAAACAAGCCUUGAUAAAUGGGAAAGAACUGAAGUAAUACAAGGUAUGGACCCUAACUAUAACAAUUCAAUAAGAAAUCAAGAACAGAAUGGUGUGUGAAAAACCCUCAUUUGGAAACUAAAUAUCACAGUUAUAAAUAAUUCAUGGUCAAAGAUGAAAUCAAAAGAAAAAUUAGAAAGUAUUUUGAGGGGCUUUCCUCGUGGCACAGUGGUUAAAAAUCCACCUGCCAAUGCAGGGGACAUGGAUUCAAUACCUGGACUGGGAAGGUCCCACAUGCCACGCAGCAAUUAAGCCCAUGCACCACAGCUACUGAGCCUGCGUUCUAGAGCCCCCAUGCACCACAGCUACUGUAGCCCGCACACCUAGAACCCAUACUCUGCAGCAAGAGAAGCCACCACAAUGAGGAACUGGCGCACCACUACAAAGAAUAGCGCCUGCUCACCACAGCUAGAGAAAGCCUGUGCACAGCAGUGAAGACCCAAAGCAGCCAAAAAUAAUAAGUAAAUAAAUCUUUUAAAAAAAUUUUUUUAAGUAUUUUGAAUUAAAAUGAAAACAGCGUAUCAAAAUAUGUAGAAUGUACCUAAAACAGUACCAAGCGAGAAAUAUGUGUGUCUGUCUCCAUGUAUACUGGUGAAAUAUGAAUAAGCCCUAUGGAGUGUAAAAAAGAAUCAUUAAAUGCUAGAUUUUUUAAAAGUUACAAGAAAAGAAGUAGCCAUGAUGACUAUAAGCCAUGAUAACAUCUUCCUGUCACUAAAAGGUAAAAGCCAAUUGCAGAAGUCACUUGAGCCCCCAGGAAACAGACAGGAAGAUAGACUCAGAGCAUCAAGAGGGGCCUCAUCAGCACACUGAGGGGGGCCUCUUCACAGCCCUGCUCACAGUUGCCAGUUGUGUGGUUUCUUGAGGGAUAUCUGUCUCCCCGUGUCUUAGCCCAUUCCAACUGAUAUAACAAAAUAUCAUAA